AUGAGAAAAUUACAAGAAGAUGCUGAUGAGAAGACCAAGUCAAAGCAAGUGCCAUUACCACCCCCGGCUGAAGGUUCAUCUCCCUUAUAUCCUAUGACAAGUGAAAGCAACCAAAGCAAGAGAAGGGCAGUAAGUCCAUUAGAAAAGGCCUUCCAACAAGGGGCAAGAGAAAAUCUACAUGCUGAAAUUGCAAGAAUGUUUUAUACAGGUGGUCUAUCUUUUCAUUUGUCACGCAAUCCAUAUUUCAUUAGUUCAUAUCAAUAUGCUGCGAACAACAUCAUUCCUGGAUACAAACCUGGUUAUAAUGCAUUAAGGGGUCCAUUGUUGCAAAGAGAAAGAGCUCACACAGAGAAGUUACUUGAACCAAUUAAAGGAACUUGGAGUUUGAAAGGAGUGAGUAUAGUCACAAAUGGUUGGACAGAUGCUCAAAGGAGGCCUCUGAUUAAUUUUAUGGCUGUGUGUGAUGGGGAUCCCAUGUUUUUGAAGGCAGUUGAUGGAUCCAAAGAAUAUAAUGACAGACAUUAUAUGGCUGACUUGAUGCGUCAAGUGAUUGAAGAGGUCAAGCCUCAAAAUGUGGUUCAAAUAAUCACUGACAAUGCAUCUGUUUGCAAAUCAGCAGGUAGGCUUAUAGAGGCUGAGUAUCCCACUAUUUUCUGGACGCCAUAUGUUGUGCAUACGCUUAAUCUUGCAUUAAAGAAUAUAUAUGCAGCAAAAAACACAGAGGCAAAUGAGAUUGUGUAUAAUAAAUGCCAUUGGAUAGAGGAGGUUAAGGAUGAUGCUGCUUUUAUUAGAACAUUUAUCAUGUGUCAUUCUAUGCGAUUGGCAAUUUUUAAUGAAUUUGUGCCAUUAAAAUUACUUGCCAUAGCUGACACUCGCUUUGCAUCUACCAUUGUUAUGCUUAAAAGACUCAAGCUCAUUAAAACUUCACUUCGUACAAUGGUGAUAAGUGAAGCAUGGAAUGCUUAUAAGGAAGAUGAUGUUGGAAAGGCAGCCAUAGUGAAAACUUGA